AUGAGCUCAACCAACUUCGCCGCUGCACAAGAGCGGGUUCUUGAACGUCGUCGCCUACGCGAGGCCGAAGCCCGCGCCCGCCAUACCGCACAGCAGCGGGCUUCCCCGAUCAGCCCGGCCGUUGUUCAGCGCCUGCCUUAUCCAUUAAAUCGACUGCCCACUUCCGGGUGGCGUAUAUGGAAUUCUGUCAAGGGUCGGGAUGGAACACGGCCUGCAUUCCGCGUCGGUCAGGUGGAUGCUGAAUUGUUGGAUGAGGAGCUACUGGGCCUAAUGAAGGGCCAGGUUGGCGAUGCUCUCAAAUACUUCGGGCCUCAAAUGCGUGAAGAUUGGUCUCAUGAGAUUUUGUUCGGUCUUCGAGCUAUUCUCUUCAAAUUAUCCAUCUGGGACCACAAUGCCUCCUAUGGUGCUGCGCUACAAGGUCUUCAAUAUACCGAUAGUCGCAGCAAAGGACCCGUCUUUUCCACCCCUACCAAAUGGCAGAAAUCUAUCUAUGGCCUAUUGACGGUCGGAGGACGCUAUGCCUGGGACAAGUGGGAGAGCUGGUUGAUUUCACAAGAGGGUGGUUAUGAAGAGCCUUCACAGGAUGUUCGCAUGCUAUCACGACUCACCGACUUUAUCUCGACCUCACACUCAAUCGCCGCCUUCGUCUCUUUCCUCGUAUUCCUAGUGAACGGCCGAUACCGCACCUUGGUCGACCGUAUCCUUCGCAUCCGCCUCACACCUCCCUCCGCCCAAGCUAGCCGCGAAGUAUCUUUUGAAUACCUGAAUCGGCAACUGGUUUGGCACGCAUUCACGGAAUUCCUACUUUUCCUCCUUCCAUUGGUCGGAAUCGGCCGCUGGCGGCGAUGGAUUUCUCGCGCAUGGCGGAAAAUGGUGAAUUCUGUCCGGUCGAGCGGUGAAAGCGACGAACCUUCCGAGAAGCAAGGAGAAUUGGCUUUCCUCCCCGAACGCACAUGUGCCAUAUGUUAUCGGGAUCAGAACCCUACAUCAACGACAGAGACCGACGUACUAGCGGCAUCUGCAUCCGGUGGCAUAUCUGGCUCAGCGCAAACCGAUAUUACAAACCCGUACGAGACCGUUCCUUGUGGCUGUAUCUAUUGCUUCGUCUGCAUCGUGCAAAAGGUAGAAGCAGAAGAAGGACAAGGCUGGACUUGUUUAAGAUGCGGGGAGACUGUCAAGAAGUGUCAACCUUGGAACGGAGAUGUCCUUGAAGAGGCGCGCUCUCAGCCAGGUACUGGCAAGAUCGUUGGCUUUGCCAUGGAUGGUGAGCCCGAUGAAAACCGUGGUGACCAGGACGGUCUCGACAAGUCUAGUCCCCUACAGGAGAUCAGUGGCGAUGAAGCUUUGCAACAUUCAGAGCAAUGGUCCACUAUUGAAAAGGAUGCGGAAGACGUCGGCGUCGAGCAAUCCUAG